UGUGGGUUCUGUACUGUCUUAGCCUGUCCCCCCACCCAACACACACACACACACACUCUCUCUCUCUCUAACACUUCAACCCCAAAAGCCACUACCACUUUGGCUUUUGUUUCUGUGCUUCCUAAGCAUAUGUCUAUGUCUCCUCCCUCAGCUCCCUCUUCUCACUACUACCUGCAAAUGGAGGAAGAAUCAAACUUUGAAUUUCUUGAUAUUAUUUGAUGCACUUUUCUUAAACCAUGUUUUGUUUUCUGUUCAACCCUCCUCUGUUUUCACCUUUGUGGUGGACUGGUGUCCCUUCCUUUUUCAUGAUUUGACCUCAUUUCCAUUUUGUUACAGUCUCAGCUUUCUCAGUUUCCUCUUUUUAAAAUCCACUUGAUUGCACUGCACUCUCUUGAGUCUCUUCCUUUCUCCUUUACCUUCUUUUUCCAUUUUUUUAAUGUUCUAUUUGGUUUCCAUUUGAAUCACAUAGCAAGUAACUAACUACACUUGGAGUGUUCAUGGAAAUUGAUCUGAAUGAUGCAGUGACUGAGGUUGACAAGAAUGCAUAUUGCAAUGGGGACUGUGAGAAUUGUGCUUCUUGUGUUUGUUCUGGUUCCUCUUCAGCAAUUGUGUCUUCUUCUUAUCUUGAGCUAUGGCAUGCUUGUGCUGGCCCCCUUACUUCCCUACCAAAGAAAGGGAAUGUGGUAGUCUAUUUCCCACAAGGCCACUUAGAACAAGCUGCAUCUUUCUCUCCCUUUUCUCCAUUGGAUGUUCCCACCUAUGAUCUUCACCCACAAAUCUUCUGUAAAGUUGCCAAUGUUCAACUACUUGCUAAUAAGGAGAAUGAUGAGGUUUACACCCAAGUUACUUUGCUUCCCCAGGCAGAGUUAGAAGGAAUAUAUUUGGAGGGCAAAGAGCUUGAGGGAGUGGGAGAAGAUGUAGAGGGAAAUGGAAAAACACCUGCAAAAUCAACCCCUCAUAUGUUCUGCAAAACACUUACUGCCUCUGAUACCAGCACUCAUGGGGGCUUCUCUGUUCCUCGUAGAGCUGCUGAAGACUGUUUCCCUCCUUUGGAUUAUAAGCAGCAAAGACCCUCUCAAGAGCUUGUUGCAAAAGACCUGCAUGGUGUUGAGUGGAAAUUUCGCCAUAUUUAUAGAGGUCAGCCGAGGCGGCAUCUGCUCACUACUGGCUGGAGUAUUUUUGUUAGCCAAAAGAAGCUUGUUUCUGGCGAUGCAGUUCUCUUUCUAAGAGGUGAAAAUGGAGAAUUGAGAUUGGGAAUCAGAAGAGCUGCUCGACCGAGAAAUGGUCUUCCUGAAUCAAUUGUUGGUAACCAGAGCUGUUAUCCAAAUUUCCUUUCUUCCGUGGCUAAUGCCAUAUCCGCGAGAAGCAUGUUUCAUGUUUUCUACAGUCCAAGAGCGAGUCAUGCAGAUUUUGUUGUGCCCUACCAUAAAUAUGUCAGAAGCAUCAAGAAUCCUGUGACCGUUGGAACAAGAUUCAAAAUGAAAUUUGACAUGGAUGAAUCUCCAGAAAGAAGGUCGACUACAGCAGUAACUAUAAAUCGGUGUAGUAGUGGUAUAGUCACUGGAAUGAGUGAUUUGGAUCCCUACAAAUGGCCCAAGUCAAAAUGGAGGUGCUUAAUGGUUAGAUGGGAUGAGAUUGUUGAAACUAAUCAUCAAGAUAGAGUAUCUCCAUGGGAGGUUGAUCCUUCUGCAUCUCUCUCUCCCUUGAGCAUUCAAGCUUCACGAAGGCUGAAGAAACCGCGCACAGAUCUGGAAGCUGACUCACCCAAUCACCUAAUUACUGGGUCGGCAACAGGAGGCAGUGGGUUUAUGGGCUUUGAGGAGUCUGUAAGAUCACCCAAGGUCUUGCAAGGUCAAGAAAAUACAAGUUUUAUGUCACUAUAUUAUGGAUGUGACACUGUAACUAAGAAACCAGAAUUUGAUAUCAAAUCUCCAAGUCAACCUAAUCUUGCAUCAACUGGAGUAAGAAAGAUUACUGCUGCUGCUGAGGUUAUGAGGGUUCACCCUUUUAAUUACGCAGGCUUCACGGAAACUAACAGGCUUCCGAGGGUCUUGCAAGGUCAAGAAAUAUUUCCACUGAGUUCCCUGACUGGUAAGGUUGAUUUGAGCCUUGGUGGUUGGGGAAACCCCCAUGUCAGUUGCACAAAUUACAACCUGCAUCAGGCAACCAAACCUAGCUUUCACUCUUUAAGACCAGAACUUCUUCAAACUGCUUAUUUUCCUUUUGGUGAUAUUCACAAAGCUGGUCAAGGAUUCAGCAUGUUGUGCUCCAAACCCACCAAUUUCCAACGAGAGAAUGUCGCGUUUAACGCUCCUUCCACUCAGUCAGGGAUCAUGAGAAGUGAAGUUGGACUUUCAGACCUGACCAUCCCAAAUGAGCAGAAGCUACAGGAUAAUAUUUCUGGAACUGCUGCUUCUUUAGGGGCAAACAUAAGGAUUCUAAAUGAUGACAAUUUCGAUGGGAAGGUAAACGCUUGUAAACUAUUCGGAUUUCCCUUGUCUGGGGAAAGUACCUCCCAAAAUUUACAGAACACUGCUAAAAGAAGUUGCACCAAGGUUCACAAGCAAGGUAGCUUAGUUGGAAGAGCCAUUGAUCUCUCAAGAUUGAGCAGCUACAAUGACCUGCUGAGUGAACUAGAGAGGCUAUUUAGCAUGGAAGGCCUUCUAAGAGAACCUGAUAAGGGAUGGAGAGUCCUCUACACUGACCGUGAAAAUGACAUCAUGGUUGUGGGAGAUGAUCCAUGGCAUGAAUUCUGCAAUGUGGUAUCCAAGAUUCAUAUAUAUACACAAGAAGAAGUGGAGAAGAUGACAAUCGGUAUGAUGAGUGACGAUACUCAGAGCAGUUUGGAACAGGCACCACUGAUUAUGGAGACUUCUAAGUCCUCCUCAGUUUGUCAGCCAGAUUCUUCUCCGACGGUAGUUAGAAUCUAGUUUCAAGGAGGAAAGAGGUCUUGGACGUGAGUUUUGCGGAGCAGGAGCUAUAGUCUGCGGCGGUGAGCAACGCAAACCUCCCCUGCCCAGAUCCUCUUCCGUAAGUCCCACGAACCAGAUCGAAACAAAAGCACUAUAUUGACACUCAGUUUGUGUUUAACUGAUGUUGAAGUGAGAGAUUUGGUGAGGAGGGAGCGAGAAGGAUUAAACACACAAGAGUGAGAGUGAAUGGGUUGUUGAUGACGAUGGUGGAUUGAAAUAGAUUAAGGAUAUUUUAGUAAAGCUUUGAAAUAA